AUGUCGUGGAUGCUAGUAACCUUGGGAUCUCUCGGAUCGUCCUUUAUCGGGAGCUUGAUGGAAAAGAUCAACGACCGUGCGAUCGGACUAUUGUUGGAGGACCCCGGAGUCGGAGCUGACCUCCUCAAGCUGAAGACUACUCUUCCCGGGACUAAGAACAUCAUCGGCAGAGUCGAGAACAUGUGGAUUAAAGAUGAAGACACGAAAAGGCGAUUGAAGGAAUUGGUGAUGGAACUGAAGGACGCUGGUUAUGACGCUGACGACUUGCUUGAUGAGAUCCAGUUCCGGGUUCUGAAGCAACAGAUCGAACAACAAGGAGCUCUUGGGGAUGAGACAAGUAACCAAUCAUCUUCUUCUUCCGGUCUCCCUCCUUGGAAAAAGAUGAAAAUUUCGGUACCUGCAGUUAUCAGUCGCUUCUUCGGUAGAGAUGAUGUGAAUAGAGUGAGGAAAACUCAGAUGAAGUUAGAUACAAUCACUACUUGCAUCGAGGAUCUCAUUGAUACAUUAGAUGCUGAUGAGAAACAGAUGAUAACGUCAGUAGUGGAACGAACCACCACUUCCUCACCCAUAGAAACUCAAGUAUUCGGACGAGAGGAACAGCUGAAUCAACUUCUGGGACUGUUGAUGCAAUCUGCCGACGGAUCCGGAUCUAGCAACAGUAGCAUCUCAACCUUAACUAUUGUUGGGAUCGGAGGGGUCGGAAAGACUACUCUUGCUCAGCAAGCGUACAACCACGCGAGGGUGCAGGACUGUUUUCAGCUUAAGGUCUGGGUCUGUGUAUCCGACAACUUCAACGUGGAGAGGCUUACCAAAGAGAUCAUAGAAUCCUUAACCAGGAAUACGUGUGAUCUCAAUAACUUUGAUACACUUCAAGUGGUAGUUAAGGAGAAGUUGACCUCAAAAAGGUUCCUGCUUGUCCUCGACGAUGUGUGGAGCGAGGACAGCCUGAAAUGGGAAAGAUUUUGUGCACCAUUGAAGCACGGAGAACCCGGAAGCAAGAUUUUGGUUACGACUCGCUCUAAAAAGAUUGCAGACAUGGUUGGCAAUCCGUUCCCUCUAGAUGGUCUGGAUGACGCCAGCUAUUGGGAAUUUUUCAAGCAAUGUGCAUUUGGUUCCGAAUACGCCGGUGAAUGUCCACAGCUAGAGGCCAUAGCAAAGAAGAUCGCUUACAGGUUGAAUGGGUUGCCACUUGCGGCAAGGACGGUAGGCGGGUUGUUGAAGCCGCAGAUGAAUGAGAAGCACUGGAGAAACAUCGCAGGGAGUGAAAUCUGGCAACUACAGCAUGACGAAAAGGGUGUCCUGCCAGUCCUACAAUUGAGCUAUCAAUGUCUUCCCCCAUACCUUAAGCGGUGCUUUGUUUUUUGUUCCCUGUUCCCCAAAGAUCAUCGAUUUUAUGAAGGAGAUGACUUGGUCCGGCUUUGGAUGGCAGAAGGCUACGUUGCUCAAGACAACAAUAUGACGAUCGAGGAUACAAGAAGCCUCUACUUCAUUGACUUAGUGAAUAGGUCUUUCUUUCAGGAAGGUCCUGUGGGAUGGGAAUAUAUGAUGCAUGACCUGAUACAUGAUCUUGCUCAGUUUAUUUCAGAGGGGGAGUUUUGCAUGAUCGAUGAUGAUGAGUCGAAAGAGAUCCCUAAUACGAUUCGUCAUCUGUCAGCAACAUUAACCGAUAAAACUAAGUUAAUGGAGUUCUCCUGUUAUGAGAAAUUACGGACCCUCAUGAUCAAUUAUAAAAGUCAUUGGCAUGACAUUGGAGUCGAGGGCUCUUUGUUCCUCCAGUUUGAAAGAUUAAAAAACAUUCGAGUGUUGAUAUUACAGAGGUGUGGCUUGCGGGAGUUGCCUGAGACAAUUGGUGGCUCGAUACACCUCCGCUAUCUUGACAUAUCUCACAACUUCUACUUUAGGAGGCUGCCGGAGUCGUUAUGUGGUCUUUACAAUUUGCGAGUACUGGAUCUGUGGGGCUGUGAACUACAGAGUUUCCCGCACGGCAUGAGUAAGUUGAUCAACUUGAUGCAUCUUAAUGCAGAAGACAAAAUAAUUUCCGAGAUAAAUGAUGUUGGGAAGCUGACUUCUCUUCAAGGACUGUGUUCAUUUAAAGUACUCAAGGAUAAGGGACACGAGGUUGCCCAAUUAGGCAGUCUGAAAUAUGUUGAUGUUGAUAGGAAGAGGGGAUAGAGUUAUCAAAUAGAGGAAGAGUAGGACAAGCUUUCUAUCUUCUAUAUUUCUCUCAAGAAAAACACUUUUACAAUUUCAGAAACUCUAUUGACUCAUGACCCAACAUAUGGGGUUUAUAUA